UCACUGCUGCCACAGAACAUCAUCAUCACUGCUCUGAUAGGAAUAUUUCAGCAGCAAAGUUUUGGAAUGAGAAGAGAGAGGGGCUUCCAAGACAUAUGCACUGGAAAAGCCGAGUAUAGUACAUUCUUUCGGAAAAGGCUGUCUUCAUUUUCAAAGGAAAUUCCCUGAGUUUCUAAUCACUGAUUCGGAAACAGCACAAUUAGCUCUACCCAUGUUUUCGCCUCUGCUCACAUGUGAUAACUCCGGAAUGCCCAAAGGAUCAAUGUUUGAAAGCAACGGGCACUAGAAGAGACUUCCGUUGUUUAUCAUGGUGCUACUGAAGUCGUCUGGGGUUGACAGAUGCUACUCCAGAAGGUUAAUAAGAUGAAGAAAGCUCUUCCAGCUGGACCAUAAGAGGGAUUAUGUCUGAGCAGCAGAUAAACAGAUUAUUCCAGAAACAGACACUGCUUUUUCUUAAAACUUCGUCACUCUUGUCUUACCACUUCAGUCCCUGUCUCUGUCUAUUGGUCCCUUGGGCUAGAAUUGUGUGUGUUGGAGGAGUUUGUCCAGCUCUUGCAUUCUGGCACCUGUUGCUCUCUUCAUCUAAUUUCAUCUAAAUUCAAUUUUGUCCAAGGCUGGGGCCACCUGAAAAGUAAUUUCAAAAGAGGGAAGACAUUCGGGGAUUUUAGUUCUUUAAGAAAGAAAUUCUUCUACUUGACCUAAAUAUUCUUAUUUCCUGCACAAUUCUUCUUGAAAACUGUGAAUGAUCAAGAGACAGCAUGCAUUUGAAAACUGGAUUAAUAUUUUUGAUCAUUUGCCUUGCUCUCCAAGUUCAGGGAAACAGAGAAAUCCCUAAUAAAACAAACCGUAGUGAAGCCAAACAACUUGCAGAAGCCUCAGGGUCAGACAAAACAGAAAGAACAACAAAGAGGUCCAGAGUAUCAACCAUAAGGAGGAUAUUUGACAUGGCAAAGCACCGAACGAAGAGGUCAUCCUUUUUCUCAACUGGUGUGAAAGUUUGCCCACAAGAAUCAGUGAAGCAGAUUUUAGCCAGUCACCAAGCUUACUACAGAUUAAGAGUCUGCCAGGAAGCUGUGUGGGAAGCCUUUCGUAUUUUUCUGGAUCGGAUUCCUGAUACUUCUGAAUAUCAGAACUGGGUUACUGCCUGCCAGAGGGAAACCUUCUGUAUAUUCGACAUUGGCAAAAACUUCAGCAAUUCCCAAGAGCACCUGGAAAUAAUCCAGCGGCGAGUAAAACAUAGAACCUUCCAGGAAAGGAAAGAUGAAAUAUCCACAGAGAAAACAGGUGGCAAAAAGCUGGAAGACAUUUCCUCCAUUUCUACAGGCUCUCCUGGCACAUCCCUCUCUCCAUAUGUACCAGUACCUAAUGGCACAUUGCUCAAUGAAAUUGUUAACGACACGAAGACUCCUGCAAAGGAGCUGGGAACAAAUACAGUCCCAGAACUGCCAGUGGAGCAAAUGGUAGAAUUCAGUGUCACUCUCACUGAUCAGGAGUACACAGCCGAACUUAGUGAUCCCAACUCCCCACAGUACCGACAAUUAGCUGCCAAAUUUCAGCUACAGAUGCAAAAAAUAUUCGAGAAACUUCCAGGAUUCAAAGAAAUCCAUGUAUUAGGAUUUAAACAGAAGAAGGAGAAAGAUGGAUCUAGUAGCACCAUAGCACGAUAUGUGGUAAACUUUGAGAGAGAUGGCUCAGAAACCAAAGCCACGGCAGACGACAUCUCAACUAUUGGAUCUAAUAAAGUUGAAAACGAAAAAAUUCCAUUUUCUCCAAAGGAAGAGCGGGAGAUAUCAGCAACUAAACUCACAGUUACAGACCUUCAGCAACUGGUUGCCAUCGCACUCCAUGAAGACCAGUCCCUGCCAAUGGACCUUGGAACACUUCAGUUUACUGAUGAAUCUAUUAUACCACCUAGUGAUUUUGAUAAUGAUAUCCAGUCCAUGGUCACUAUUUCUCUGGCAGGCCCUGAUUUUGAUGACUCCAUGAAUGUGGAACUUCCAUUAGGUUACCCCAGCCCAGGAACAGCGGACCAAACAGGAGGCAUCUUGAUCAAUGAAUUUACAACCGGUUUCCCUGUGCUAAGUGGAGACAUCAGUACCUCUGAAGAUUUUAAUAAUUUUGUUUCAUUAGAACCUGUGUUCCCUACCAAACUCUACAGAGAACCAUUUCAGGACAAAUCACCUCCAGAUACACAAGAUAUUACUGCUGACCACCAAAGUUUCACAGUGCCUUUCAGUGCUCUGGGUAGCACUAGUAGUCCUCCAAAACCAGAGGAUUCCUAUUUGCCUCCUCCAGCAGAUGAUUCUGCUAGCAAUGACUUAAUCACUGAUGGCUAUGAGUCUCCAACGGUGCAGGCUACCACACCGCCGUUUUAUACCAGAGACAGCUUUACUCAACCUACUCUACUGCAAGCUGGAGAUGAGUAUAGUGCAGCUGAGGAGAAGAAGGAACUGAGUGAUACAGCAGAACCACCUUUCAAGGAAAGUGACGGAGACAGUAUGCCUGGACAAGCAGUUAAGAUCAUGGAUGAAACGGAAUCAUCGGGUGAUGACAUCUUAGCUACAGCCAGCAUUUACAAAACAUUGCCUUUCUUCAUCACUUCACGUGAGCUCUCUACCAUGCAGCCUGAAGGUGCAAUUACAGGUGUGCUACUCUCAGACCCAACAGCACCACUGCCUGCAGCAACCAGCCCAUCCUACAGCCACUCUCACAUCAUCGAACAGUCCCUUGAAGAACCAGAUUCCUCAGUGCCUGUAUCUGAGAGCAUUCCUCGCGAUGGCACAGGGACAGGAGUGCAGGAUAUUGCUGCAGAAUUGGACCACAUCGGUGUAAUCAGCACAGCGGCACUGGAUGAAGCGGAGCAUGGCAGCGGUUACAUCUCAGUGCUAACAACAGAGCCUGUAGAAGCCACCCCAUCUCCUACACUGAAGUAUGUAACUACCAGCUCCAUGACAACCACAGCCAAAGGCAAAGAGCUAGUGGUUUUCUUCAGCCUGAGGGUAACCAACAUGCACUUUUCUGAUGACCUCUUCAACAGGAGUUCGCCAGAAUACAAAGCACUAGAACAACAGUUCAUACAAUUGCUACUUCCCUACCUUCAGUCCAACCUUACAGGUUUUAAGCAGCUGGAAAUACUUAACUUCAGGAAUGGAAGUGUGAUUGUGAAUAGCAAAAUGAAAUUUGCCAAGACAGUGCCAUACAAUAUCACAGAAGCAGUACACUGUGUUUUGGAAGAUUUCUGUGAUGCUGCAGCCCAACACCUCAAUUUGGAGAUUGACAGCUAUUCCCUGGAUAUUGAGCCAGCUGAUCAGGCAGACCCAUGCAAAUUCAUGGCAUGUGACGAGUUUUCCGAAUGCAUAAUGAAUGAGGGGACAAAAGAGGCUGACUGCCUUUGUAAACCCGGUUAUGCAAGCCAAGACGGAUUACCCUGUCGGAGCCUGUGUGAGUUGGAACCACAUCUUUGCGUCAAUGGUGGGAAAUGUGAGUUAGUCCCAGGAAGAGGAGCUGUCUGCAGAUGCCCCGUACGUAGACACGAGCUUUACCAAGGACAGCGCUGUGCAAAAUUUGCUCCAGAACCCAUACAGCCCUUCAUUUUUAAACCUCUCAUUCUUGGCUUAGUAAGCCUUGCUUUUCUUUUCAUCAUUUUAAUUAUUAAAUUAAGAAGAAAAAGCAAAAGACACUCUAAUUUGCAAACUCCUCCUCUCAUCAGCUGCAAUUCAGAAAAUGCUGUAAGGAUAAAUCCCGCUUUUGAACAUGAUGAACCCAUAACUAGCUUUUGUCAUACACCUUGUAGUGUAAGUUCUUGUAUCAGUUCCUCAGAGAUCAUUAGUCAUGAAGCAUUACAUGAACUUGAAAACACAACUCGGCACGGAGGUCACCAGACCAGUUUACAAAGCCAAGACUGACCAGUAGUCUCUGAAAUUCAUCGUUUCCAGCAUCAGCCAGACAAAACCAAGGUAUUCAAAAAGAAGGUCUUCGUUAUUCAAGACUGGACUUCAAGUUGAUAAAAACUCAAGGAUUACUAAAGGGAUAACAUUUUAGCUCUGAAAUCAGUACACAAUAAAUAAAUUAUUUUAUUAAAGAAAGACACGAUCAAGUUGACCAACUAUUUGACCAUGUUCUAAAAGAAAUCCCCAGUGUUAAGAUGCAUGCAUUAAGCAUCCAGUGCUUACACAUCUUAACUCUAUUUUCAUUUAAGAGCAGAGUGCUAGAAAGUGAUUUUGCCGAGAAGUGGCUUUUUUCAAUACUGCAUGUCACAAACAUUCUGGUAACAAUGUCGAUGAAACUUUACCAUAUCUCUACAAACUCUUAUUAACCUUCCUUACCUACACCAAUGUGAUGGCAAACACAGAAAUAAGAGUUGUCUGUCACUAACAAAAGGCCACGUGAAAAGCGUUUGGGAACUUUAUAAUUCUCUCCCUACAACGCUCACAUUCCAAAUCACAUCAAAGUUUGGAUCAGUUUUUUAAUGGUUUCUACAAACAUCAGAUUCCUAUUUUUUGGUUAACACACACCUUAUGUAUACAUAUGUACAUAUGCGCUUCCAAUUUCUAGUGACAGCUGAACUGUCAGGUUAUCCUACGACUUCAAACUUUUUGCUGUGGUGCAAUACCUGCAGUUUCAUCUUUUCAGAACAUAAGACUUAUACUGAAAAGCACUCUCCCAGUAGCAAGUAGAUUGCAGAGUCGCACGUAAGUAUGUAUACAUUAAACUUAGUACACACACAAAUAGUUUUGAGAGGUCGCUAUUAGCUUUUGUAGAAGAAAUCUAACCAGACUAACAGGUCGCCGUUAAGUUUUUUAUAGGCUUAGUAAUUUAUGCUCUAUGGAUCCACAAUCCUGAUUCAAGUACGAGCAUUACUUUUUACCUUCAACAUAUUUUUCUUGAGUAUAUAUACAUAUAUUUAUAAGUUGCACCAGUGUUGUAUAAUAUUCAGGCACUGUUUGCUGCUUGGUGCAUACCAGAAGUUGUACUUACAGCUCAAACUGAGCUUCUACAAAGUUCAUGAUUAUACUGGAUGACAGCUCCUCAUUCAGAUGUGAAACUUUCAUAUAUUCAGGAUAGUAGCUGGUUUUAGAGACAAUUCUUUUUACUUUGCACCACAUGGUCACCACAGCAGAGACUGAACCUCAGUUUACCUUACUAUGUACGCUCAAAAGAACUGUUUAUGACUUUCAAACAAUUUACUGCACAAACAGGUUUGCCUGCAAAACCACCAAAACUGAUGAUUGUGUACAAAUGAAGGCAAUGCACCAAGAAUACAAGGUUGAGCUUCUACAGCUGAGAUAGUAUUUAUACUUACUUUAUUUAACUAGAAAAAAAAUAUACAAAGAAACCUCAGAUGUGGUUUUAUACAGUAUCACUUCAGAAUAAAACUCUACUUUAAAAAUACUUGCAGGGCACGGGAAGCCAUCUCUGCAAACACGUUAGCUUUUCAAUACUGUUCAUAUAAGUUCAGAACGCAUUAAGAAUGCUGAAAGCAUUCCCUUUUUUUCCAUUACAAAUGUAUUUUUGUAUGUGUUUAGUACAUUUCUAUACUAGUUAUCACUAGUCAGAUUAAAAAAUAAGUGAUUUUAAAAUGUGUAUUUUAACAAUGAUUAUUCAUGACUGUAUUUAUCACUCUCAACUAUUAAUUACCAAAUAUAUUUGGUGGAUGUAAGCCUUUUGUAUUUCAAUAAAACAUAAUAAAACUAUUUACUUGAAAAUUUCA